AUGUUCAGUCGUUCCUAUUCUACUGCCGCCAAGGGCUUGAAGGUCUCCGCCAAACAGACCGAAGGUCAUUUGUCUAACUUGAUUGUCAAGAUCAACGCCGGUUCCAGAUAUGCUGAAAAAGAUGGUGUUGCCCACCUCUUAUCCAGAUUCAACUUCCAAAAUAACACCCACAAGUCUGCUUUGAGAUUCGCCAGAGAAGCUGAAUUGUUGGGUGGUGUCUACGGCUCCAAGGUCUCCAGAGAUGCCAUCACUUUGUCAGCAAACUUCCAAAAAGAAGACUUGCCAUACUUUGUCAACUCUUUGGCCGAUGUCAUCACCAGCACCCAAUUCAAGAUCCAUGAAUUGUCUGAAGUUGUAUUGCCAACCGCCAAGCAUGAAGUUGCUGUCGCUUCUGCUGACCCAGAAUACCAAGCUGUUGAAGCCUUGCACGCUUUGGCCUUCAGAAAUGGUUUGGGUAAGCCAUUGUUGUACGAUGGUGUUUCCAAGGCUACUUUAGACGAUAUCAAGGCUUAUGCUUCCAAGGCCUACACUGCUUCCAACAUUGAAAUUUACGGUUCCGGUGUUGACGAAUCCGCUUUGGUCAAGUUCAUUGGUGAAUCUUCUUUUGAAUCUUUGGCUGAAGGUUCUGCUUUGACCGAUGCCGUCAAGACCCAAGAAGGUGAAUCUAGAAUUAGAUCCGCUAACGGUAAUGCCGCCGCCAUUGGUGCUCCAAUCGCUCCAGCUGAAAUUGGUCUCUACGAAACCAUUGCUACCUUCUUGAAUGAAACCACCAACGUUAAGGCUGCUGUCCACAAGUACAGUGAUGCCGGUUUGUUCACUGUUGUUGCUGCUGACGCCUGUCCUGUCGCUGUCUCUGCCACCAUUAAGAGUGUUGUUUCCACUUUGAAAUCUGGUAUCAAUGCUUCUGAAUUCUCUGCUUUGACCAAGACCAAAUUGGCUAUCGAAUCCGAAUCUAGCCCAUACACCGCUGAGCCAACCGUUUCUUCUGUUGGUGAAUUCUCUUUGGGUAAAUUCUCCUACGUUGCCAUUGGUAAUGUUUCUGCUUUGCCAUACGCCGAUGAACUUUAA